AUGAAAUUCCUUUUCGCUCUGCUCUUGCUGACAAUCUGUGUGGCGCACAUAAAGGCGCAGCCUCCUGUGCUCUGUCGUGGACGGCCUUUCUUCCAGGUGUGUACUGGUGGCCGAGAUGAGGGUAAUGCGAAUGGUCGAUUGUGCGGUCUCACCUCCCAGGAUCCUAUGUGGUACUACAACAGCCGACAAAGGACCUGCAUAAGAAUGCGUUAUCGCGGCUGUGGCGGCAACAACAACCGUUAUUGCACCAAUGCUGAUUGCCUUCAGAGAUGCAGGCGUUAA